AUGACAAGUACACGAGUCAAUCGCGCCUUUGUUACUUUGCUGUUAGUUUGCAUAAAUUUUAUAAAAUGUACGGUCGGGGCGGACUGCAACGAUCAAGUACGAAUAUGCUACUCGGACCUAUGGAGCGACAUAGAAUAUGAAAAAUCGGAAGAUACCAAUAAGGCUAUGGAUUUUUAUAACAAAAUUCAAAGUGAGACACGGCAUUUAAAUCAAUUGACUAAUAAUGUGCGUCGUUUUAUUCAAGAAAAAAACGCUAAAACGUUAAGUAAGUCUCUAACCGGCGAAGGUAAUGAUAUCAGUUCAGCAGUAAAAACUUUAUCGAAAAAUCAAGAAAUAUCAUUAACCGAAGACAUUCUGUACUAUGCAUUAAAUGAAGUUUUCAAUGUCCAAACACCGAGUAAAUUGGUUGAUAUUUUGUGGAAAAUAUUUCAAACGGAUGAACCGGAAAGUUUCGAACUUAUGUUAAGAGCUCAACUCAUGCUGUUCCGCGUUUACGAAGGUAGACAGAAAAUCGAUCAGCAAUACCCGAAGAAACUAGCUUAUUAUUUUUAUAAAAUCCUGAACCAUCCUCUCUAUGCCGACUUAGACAAUGCGCUUAAAGUGAGAUUAAGUAGCGCAAUUGCUAGAUUACCGCAUGUUUAUAAGACUCUAUUAUUCCAACCGGUUUUUUGUCUAAUGAAUGUUGCAUACGAAGAAUACAUGUACACGGCUAUUCAAGCAAAACUUGAUUCGGAAAACCGUUUUAUAUGGGUGUGGCACGAGAAGAAAUACAUUGAUGAUGCUGGUCAUAUUAAAGCUGAAAUUAUCGAGCCGUCAAAUGGUAAUGCGUUCGAUUUUAAAGUCAAAUUAAUCGGAGUAAAAUUCAAUCUACCAUACCAUCGCUUGGACUAUCAUCAAUUUGCUAUAUGUGGUUGGCAAGGAUACGGACAGCCCGACAACUAUGAUUGGGAUUUUCAGUUUGCUGACGACGACUUAAUUGUUUUCCAACAGGACGGUUUCACGAUGUGCGUCGGUGAUAAUCAAGAUACGGAGAGACGUAACGUGUAUGGAUUCAUGGAUAGCGAGCAUACUGCUAAAGAUGCUAUUUGCCAAUGGAAAAUUGGAAGUUGCGAUCGCCGAUAA